AUGCGCUUACUCCAACAGCCAUCAGCAAGCCGCACGGAUCAGCCUACUCAGCUUGACAACAGUGGGCCUUCCAACAAGUCGCCUACGGAGGAGGAUAUUCCUCUCCCAGAACAGUCACACUCACCGUCCACCCCGGCACGAUCCAACAAUCCAGGUCCCCUCACCUCCCCACUGCCGGGAUCUCCUUCUCCGGCACCUGGGCCCAAGACAAUGUUACCACCUCAGAGUGCUGCCACUCGCCCCAAAUCCUUUGUCGAGUCAGUGACUCCGGACCAAGCCCCGAGGACGGCACCUACAGCACGUCCUCCCAAGCGGGACGGUUGUUCCACUGCAGAGUCUAUCACUCCGUCCUUGACUGACACGCAAGGUUUGGGGAGCCAAUCCAAUGCAUCUAUCCCGUUGGUCUUCCCCAUCUUCCGCCACCCUCACCAGUCUCCUCCCUCCGUCCCGGUUAAGGGCAAGAAGGGUAAGAAGACAUCAUUGGCCGGCCGUGGAGCUUCCCGCUCCACGGCAGGGCAAUGA